CUGUCCCGCCGAGUGCAUGCUGGGAGUGCUCAAGUUCAAACAAUGGCGGCGGCAGGCUUCCGCGUCUCUCCGUUCAGAAAACUUCUCAACAAGAUCGCCGAUAAUCUCACGGACAGAGAUAUGACCACUCUAAAGUUCCUGUGUGAGGACAAGAUCCCUAAAGCCAUCCUGAGCGGCAUCUCGGACGGCAAGGCCAUGUUUGCAGAACUCUUGUCCAGAAGGGUGAUCCUUGACGGGGACCUGACAGCACUGGAGGACCUCCUUCAGGAGUGUAACCGUGAGGAUCUGGUGUAUCUACUUGAGAAGUUUAGGGAAGAGACCGUGGACCGGAGGCAAGCGCCCUCUAACGGGGAACAUCAGGCUGCAGGCAUGGCGCCACGCAGAGGAGGUGGCACUGCUGCUGUAGUCGGUAGCAUGUCGGAGUUGCAUCGCUCCAUCUUACGUGACCACCGCGCCACGUUAGUGUCGGACAUGCACACUCGCCACGUCCUACCCUACCUCCUGGCUACAGGCAUUCUCACGGACAGACUGGAGGCAGAGAUCAUAAACACAGGAGGCUCACGUCAGGCCAUGAACGAAGCCUUACUGCAGGUUCUCCCCACCAGAGGAGACCAGGCCUUCCGUGAGCUCUGCACGGCACUGAGGACUGGAUCCCAGCAGAACUACCUGGCUGAUGCACUGGAACAGGCUGAGAACUCAGCACAGGGACUUGACAGAAGACCCCAGCCCCUUGUGAUGACAGACUCAGAAGGCCCAGCCUACCCUCAUGCUGACUUCAGUCUACAGGAUGCCAACAGCAAUAACACAACAUCUAUCCUUGUCUUCAAGUUCAACCCCAACACAGCUCACCGCGAUGUCCGAUUGUCCCACGACAACAACGCUGUUUACAGAGAGACAAUCAAGAACGAGAGGACAGAAACCGCCUGUGGUCGGGACCAAUUUGUGGACACAAGAUUCCUCCCUAACCCUACUGUACUAGGGGAUGUGUCAGUAUCAAGCAGUGUGUACUACUGGGAAGUCAAUGUUAGGAGUAGUUUGACAUACAGGAUUGGUGUAGCAUACAAGAACGUGCCCCGCCAUCUUUGUCUGGGGGACAGUAAUGCAUCCUGGUGCCUAGUGCACAGCCUUAUGGAAUGCUCCGGAAGACAUAAUGGGAAAAGUUUUCCCAUGAAUAGACCAUCACCAGAGAGGGUGGGGGUUCUCCUGGACUUUGGUGGAGGGAGGCUGUCAUUUUGUGAUGUAGAGAGGCGGAGGAUUUUGCACACAUUCCUUGCACACUUCUCACAACCGCUGUACCCUGCCUUCUCUGUCUGGGAUGGAGAAUUGUCAUUGGUGUCGGUAUCCGAAGUUCCUAUGUUUCUGUAGCUUUUGACGUUAGGAUAAUGUGAAUAAAAAGGUCAAGUCCAACUUAAACAUGAUAUCUAUAGAAUAGAAUAGGUCCACGGUUUGGACUAGGAUAUAAGUGUAAUAACCAUGUCUGUUUGCUUCUGAUAAUCAUGUUUCUAAAAUUCAUUAAUGUAACACUAAAAAGACUGAUGUUGCAAUUAUUAUUUCCUUAAAUGAAUGUUCAAUGCUCUUGAAUCAUGGAUAGAAGUGAAGGUAAAAUGCCUUAAUUAAGAAAUAAACAAUAGUUUUACCAUUUAAUUAGUUUGUAUAAUUAAUGCAUUAUGCAUUUAUGGAUUCUUUGCUUGUUGCACACGUAAAUGGCUAUAUAUUCAGAGCAAGAUUUUAAAUUAAGGUUUUAUGGAAUAGUGCAUACAUGUAGCACUGUGUGAAAAUAGGCAUGGUAACUUUACACUCCAAAAUAUUGUCUACAAUAAUUUAUGAAUACUGUUAGCCAUAAUAGUACAUAUUGUAUACUGUAGUAUGCUUUUGACAUGCAUGCCCACAGUAAUGUCAUCUUGUUGACUUGAAAACGAAUACAAGCCUUAUCUUAAGUACUAGCUAGAAUUCACAAAACAAAACAGCUGACAUGCUAUAAGCAUUUUUACACAAUUUAUUGCUAUGAAAUUUGCUACAUAUAUAUCUAGUGCAUGGAUGUAUACAUGAAAUGUUGAAUUGUGUAAUCUACCUUUUGUCUCACACUGUACAGUCUGUUGGCACCAGCUACUUACAUUUAUUGUAUGUUAAAUGGCAUUAUGCCAGCUUUGGUAAAAGCAACAAAUAUAUUCCCAACA